AUGGAUUUAUUACCAGUCAUUAUUAAUCUAUUGGAAGGUCCAGAAACUAGUGGGAGCAGUAGUGAAAGUAGUACUGAUUCUGAGGUUGAGGAAUAUGCUAGAAUUGUACGAAUUGAAGGAUAUAUUGAAAGAGUAGUUGUAAAUUAUAGUGAAACAACAUUUAAAUUGCAUUUUCGAAUGCACAAAUUAAUAGUGUACCAGUUAGCUAGUAGACUGGAAAACAGUGGUUUCAUCCCUGUUCAUGAACACGGAAAAAUGAAAAUAUCAAGUGAAAAGGCCAUGCUUAUGACAUUAUGGUACCUUGGAAACACGGAAUCAUUUAGGCAGGUUUCUGAUCGUUUUGAUGUGUCACUGAGCUCUGCUCACCGUGUAAUUGAAAGGGUAUUAAAUUGUAUACUGUCUCUACGUACUGAGUACAUUAAGUGGCCAACGCAGGAGGAAACAGAAGUUAUAUCUAAAGCUUUCGCCACCAAAUUUGGCAGUCAAAAUGUAAUUGGAGCAAUUGAUGGAUGUCAUGUGAGAAUUCGGAGGCCAAAAAAUGAUCAAGACUCAUACAUCAAUAGAAAAGGAUACUUUAGUUUGCUAAUACAAGGAACUGUCAAUAGCUUCAGGCAAUUUAUUGACGUGUAUUGUGGAGAGCCGGGAUCUCUGCAUGAUGCUCGGUUGUUAAGGAGGUCCUCACUGUAUUCUAAAGCCGAAAAUAAUGUUAAUUUCUUUGGCAAUAAAUACUUACUGGGUGAUUCAGCAUAUCCAUCUCUGAGUUGGUUAGUACCUCCAUUUAAGGACAACGGUGCCCUAAGUAACAAUCAAAAAGUGUUUAAUUUUAAACAUUCAUCGACACGCAUUAUUGUUGAACAUGUGUUUCGACUUUUGAAGGGGAGGUUCCGCAGGCUACAACAUUUAGAGAACUUAAAUAUCAAUAUCUGUGUGAAAAUUAUGAUGGCUUGUUGUGUGCUUCACAAUAUUUGUGAAAGCAAACAUGAUAAUACAGUAAUAGAACCUUAUGACAUAAGUAGUGAUGUUAAUAGUGAAAUACCAUUGCAGUCAGAUGUAAAAAACGUAACCAGGCAUCGGAGAGAACAAAUAUUUGAAGAAAUGUUUUCGUAA